AUGACCUUCCUGGACUACGAGUUCACAAGACCAGAUGGUGGGAAUAAGUCUCAGGGAUGGGCUCUCUUGUCCGUCUGCUGGGCUCUUGUCACAGCGGCCAGCGUCACCACCGUCUUACGAGUCUUUGUCCGCACCCAAUUAACGCACAACAUGGGAGCAGAUGAUUGGGUGAUGGUGCUCUGUCUGUUUACGACAUGGCUUGGUGCUGGCAUGAUCACGACCGAGAUAAUACAAGGAGGCUUAGGUCGCCAUGGGUACUACCUGCAACCUGACCAGAAGCGACACUUCCUGGCCGUAGGCUGGGGUGACUGGAUCCAAACAUUCGUCACAUUAGCACUCAUGAAGAUCGCCAUCUGUCUCUUCCUCCUGCGCAUAGUCGACGCCAGAAAGAUACGUCUGGUGCUGUGGGGCUUCAUCGGCUUCAUCGUUCUCUUCACCCUCACAUUCAUCGCCUUAUUUCUCGCAAUCUGCAGGCCGAUACGGGCUUACUGGACCGUCAUGCCCGAAGCGCACUGUCUCACAGACUUGCAAAUCCAAUAUAUUACACUUGCACAAGGAGUCCUUUCCGCAAUCACGGAUCUCAUUCUCUCCGCGUUCCCCUAUUUUUUCCUCCGCAACCUCCACGUAAGCCGGCGCACAAAAGUCGCGCUCGUCGUCCUCAUGGGCCUAGGAGCAAUGUACGCACACGUUUUCCUUCACUAA